AUGACAUCGGACCCGAUUUCCCUAUUCCUUUCCCGACUCAAUGACUGCCAACGUUUGCCUAGAGGAUGGCACAAGUCACUGACCGAUGCUCAGUCUGCUCCAAAGGACUCUGAUGAUGAGAUAUUCCUCACAGAGGGGCCGGCCACCUGGCUUGCCUAUGUCCUUGUGAAGAACAGUGCAGAAAACUCGAUGACUUUUCAUGGUAAAGCAGAUUUUCGCCGUGUUCUCGCCGACCUUUUAAGGUCGUCGAUACAGGACCGACGAACAAUGGCAAGAGAAUUGUCGGUACGAAUCCCAUCUCAGACCCAAAAGAAGAUCAACGAGACAGUAAGCAGUGUCAUGGUGCGACACCGAAGCCCUUGCACCACAGAUAAUGAUAACCUUGUGCACAGCCUAAACACGACACUGAGUGAAACAGGCGAGCCUUCUCCUGCGAAUGAGCUGAAUGCUUAG